GUGCAGGCUGACGCCGCUCGUUGCGGAGCAGCUCUGGUGUGGUUUAAGAAUGAUCUCCGUGCUGACGACCACCCGGGUCUUUUGGCUGCUGCGGCCAAGCACAAGACUGUCGUCCCGCUUUACGUCUUCGAUUGCCGGACCAUAAUGCGAUUUCGCUGAUGAAAAACCGGAAGGAGGUUUCAGAAGGGAAUUAAGGGAAUGAUUUAGAUGUGAAGAAUUAAUUUUUUCUCUCUACCAGAUAUCUAGUAAUCUGUUAACAUCGAAGGAACACUAUUUUUUGACAAAACGUUAUUCUGCUGCAGAGGAAGUACACUUCGGGUAAAUAACUGCUUCCGUAAUAUUAAAAAUAGUAACUUUGUUCCAAAAAUAUUUGCCAAUACUUGUAAGCAACAAACAGGGAUGUACAAUUUGAGCAUGGCACGAUGAACUUUGUUGAUCCUGAAGAUAAUCCUGGGUUCGAGAGAGUUUUGAAAAACAUGUGCCACAUAAAGGAUUAUGAUUCACUAGGAAUUUAUUUAAUUUCUUUUUUGUUUUCAUAUGCAGGCCUUUCUGAUGAGAUGCUGGAGCUUCUUUUUUCCUCUGUGAAAGAUCUGAAAGAAAUGCUCACGAAUCAAGGAUCUGAUUUACUUCUUGGCUUUGGGAGCACUGAGGAUUUUAUUCUGGAAGUUGCAAAUAAGGUGAAACCCACUCAUAUAUAUGCAGAAGAGGAGUCUGAAUAUGAUCUUCGCAAGCUGACCACUGCUGUUCAAUCAUCUCUAAGUGCAGUACCUUUAUCAUGGGGACACCCUGAAUUUGUUUUUUGGAGGACUCCCUUUUAUGAUCUUAAGAAUUUGAAAGAACUACCAGCAUCAUAUGACGACUUUACCAAACUGAAGUUGCCAGUAUCUCGUCCAUUGCCAGCUCCAGCUAUGCCCAUAUUGAGAACGGAGUUGAAACUUGGUACAAUCCCCUCUUUCAAUGAUGUGAAGAAGUAUCUGUAUGAUUCAACUGCUCGCUCAGAUAAGAUCUGGAUUUCUUGGAAAAAUGUAUCAGCUCAGUCCACAUUCAAAAAGAGUAAACAUCAAGUUGUUGCACGAACUGAUCCUACCAAAAAACAUGAAAGUCAUGAUAGAAAAAGUGAACUGACCUCAACAAAUUUAAACAAUGAAUUAGGAGUGAAAAAUUCAAGUUCUAUGUUUACAACAAAAGGGAGCCAUGUGAAAGGUGGAACAAGUGUUGCCUUAAAUGCUCUAGCUGCUUAUUUAAGAUAUCUUGAGGGAACAGCGAGAGAUGAUUGGCAACAGUUGCAUGACAAGUUGCGGAACACUGAAAGUAGGAAGGGAGCCUCAUUUAGGGCCCUAUUUGGCUCUGCCCUUUAUUUAGGGAUUAUAUCUCGGAGGAGAGUAUACUAUGAAGCUAUAAAGUAUGAGAAAGAACGGAAUGCAGGUUUUCUCUCGCCAUUUGGAUAUUCAGCACCUACAGUUGCAGCAGCAAUUGAUGCUGUUUGCUCCAUGGAGUGGUAUUCACUUCUGGCUUUGAAAAGCCAAAUGUGCAAUGAGGAAAUAUACACCUCAAGGAUUUGGAGAUGGAGAAGUUAUUUUAUUCAGUACACAGCAGCAGGCAAUGAAGGCCCUGCAGUUCUUCUUGUUCAUGGUUUUGGGGCUUUCUUGGAGCAUUUCCGAGGCAAUAUUGACAACAUUGCUGAUGGUGGAUUUCGAGUUUGGGCUGUUACUCUUUUAGGUUUUGGGAAGUCAGAAAAACCAAAUAUUAUAUAUACUGAGUUAUUCUGGGCAGAAUUACUGAGAGAUUUUGUUGUUGAUGUUGUAAGAGAACCUGUUCAUCUUGUUGGCAACUCCUUAGGUGGUUAUUUUGCUGCUAUAGUUGCAGGUCUAUGGCCUUCUUUAGUAAAGUCUGUUGUUCUUAUAAACACAGCUGGCUUUAUUGUUCCCUCUUAUUCUUCAUCUCCAGUAGUUAAUGAAGGGAGAAUAUCUGCACUUGCAUGGUUGCAGGCACAAGUGCUGUUGUUAUAUCUAAGGUCAAGAGCUGGCCAGAUAAUUCAGAAGUGCUAUCCAACUAAGGUCGAACGGGCAGACAGUUGGCUAAUUGGUGAAAUUCUCAGGGCUUCAUUUGAUCCUGGUGUAGCUUUUGUUCUGGAAAGUGUCGUCAACUUCAACCUGUCCAUUCCACUCAAUUACCUACUCAACUCUUUUGGGGGAGAGGUAUUGGUCAUACAAGGGAUGAAAGACCCACUGACCAAAUCUGAAGCAUUCUUGUCUAUGAUCAAAUCACAUUGCAGCAAUGCUACAGUCAGUGAAUUGGAUGCAGGUCAUUGCCCCCAUGAUGAGGUACCAGAAAAAGUGAAUCCAAUUUUGAGAGAAUGGAUAAAAAGAGCCGAAAAAUGUGUACGUAGCUUUGAAAGAACUUAGUCCGGUGCAAGCUCCCGUCAAUACGGGUCCUAGUAGUUGAGGUAUUGUUCUGAACAACCAAAAGCUCCCGUCAAUACGGGUCCUAGUAGUUGAGGUGUUGUUCUGAACAACCAAAAAUCUGAUUUAAUCAAUGAGAAGCAUCAUGUGUGGAAUCCAAGUGCUAUUCCAUUGAUGACAAAGACAAUGCUUUCAGUAUAACCCUAUGUACGUUGGGUAGAAUGCUAUUCUCAAAAGGAACACAAUAUUAGCAUUCAGUUCAUGACAUAUGCUACAGUGUAAAUUAUUACAGAAGGUAUUUAUUACGAUUUUCAUACUUGUGAAUUCUGCUUUAUAGAUUCAUAUUUUUUUAA